CUCACCUGGCUGAGCCUUCGUGCAGGUGCCUGCUUCUCCCCACAUGUGGUAAAGGCACCCAAAGAUGGGCAGAGUGUGAACAGUUUGCAGCUGUUGUGUUAGAAGCUGCUGUAUUUUCAAGUGGGCAGGUGUGGCAGGAAUUUUCAGUUCCUUAUCUCUACUGAAUUCCAAAUUGCUUCAGCACUGGCAGUCCCUUCUUUGCUAAGGACCAGUUUACAUUGGACAGUCAUAACAGUCAUGGCAUCCAACAAAUUUGUCAUUAAGUGUGGGAACUUUGCUGUUUUGGUGGAUGUUCAUAUUUUGCCUCAAGGCUCCAGUAAAGACACCAGCUGGUUUUCAGAUCACGAGAAAGAGGAGGUCUGCAUGCUCCUGGAAGAGGUUGUUGCUUCGAGGGUCAAGCACUACUUGGAAGCGCCUAAACAACGUGGUCAGUGGAAAUCGAUGGAACAUGCAUCAUCUGCUCCUUUGUUUAUUGCAGCCAACAGUUUUCACAUUACUGCCUAUUUUAUGAAGAGAUGGGUUAAUCUCCGUUGUGCUGUAGGGGAACAUUAUCGUGAGCUACGUGUGUUUCCAGACAAAUUUGUAGUUUGUGUCAGUAAACUUGAAUUUAAUCCAAGUGCUUGGACAUGUGAAGAGGGUGCAUUGAAAGAAGAAGUUUCCAGUGGGACAUCUGAAUAUUUUACUGAAUCUGCUGAGAACAGAAAGCUUAGGAUUAGCCUGAACGAGCAGAUAAAGCAAGACAUCUUGAAAGAAAUCGUGAAAAGGACAAAGAAAAGGAAAAGUACCAUGAGCAAACCCCAAACCAGCAAGGACUCCAAGAAAGUGGAUCUUGGCUCAGUGGACUCACAGACAGAGAACAGAAAGAAUGACUGUCAAACUUCCACCAGUCCUCAAUCUGAAGUGAAAUGUAGGAGUAUAGGACAACUAAAGGAUUGCAUAAAUACAGCUGAGAGCAACUUGGAGCUUCCUAUUUUAGAGAUGGAAAAUAAUGUUAAUCAGAGACAGCCAGAGGAUACUAGCAGCCAGCGAAAACCUCACUCUGUGGAGCGGUUGAAGUCAAGACUUCUAAGCAAGAACCCUCCUUGUAGCUAUGAGUCAGCACUGCUAGAUCCAAAACAAAAUCAAAAUGUGACCAAAACACAACAAGGGAGUUGUGGUUCAGAAGAAAAGUUAGACCAUUUCAAAAAAGCAUCCUCUGAAGAGGCUACUUUAAUUCCUAGCAAUACCGAAAUGAGUAAGUGCAAUGAUGGUUGUUUAGGUCUGUUGGAGGAGAAGACCCCACUUAAUUCCAGGGUGUUUUCUAAACAAGACUUAACAAAGACUGUGUCUGAUGAAGAGUCACUUACUUUGGGAAAAAACCUCUCCCAGCCUCCUUCUGUGGGGCACAACGUAGUGCAGACAAACCAAAAUGAGCCAGGCACAACCACCAAAGAAUUACCUGCCAUGCCUUCGUCAUCUUGUUUAGAACUGCAGCCUGUGCCUUUGGAGAAGCCUACCCAAAAAAGGAAAAAAGAGGGUGAAGAUGGUCUCAGGAAGUUAAAACUACGAAGGCUUAAGAAGUCAUAAAGCCUGAAAUAUUACCUCGAUGGCAUGGAUGGACAGCCAGAUUUGUGUUUGGAAAGUGUAUAUAAAAACCUGUUUGCAUGAUGUUUCUCAUAAUGCUUUGCAGUAAGGUUGCUAAUUCUUACCAAUCUUCAGGCUCUGCAAAAAGGUCUUCCUAGUGACAAGCGCAGUGAAGUCUCCAAAUGAACCUGGGUUUGGAAGAAGAAUAGCCUGAGCAUCAACUAGCAUCCAAAAAUCUCUGUGAAUGAGAAGAUGGGGAUGGGGAAGAGCAGCACAUCGAGCCUUUCAUCCAAGGGAUAUCAAAGCAUUCUGCAGCUGAACCUGGGAGGGAUAUGAAUAUGCUUAUUUUGACAGUUGGGGCAGCACUGAGAGUAAGCAAUUUCUUCAAGAUACUUUGGAUCCUGGUAGCACAUGACCUUAUCCCUUCCACAGUGGCAAUAAGGUGACAUUUUUAGAUUGGGACUUUUUGUUUGUUUGUUUGAUAGUGGCUUAUGCUAAGAAAUUGUAAAAUAGUUGUUAAAACGAUGUAGUGUCCCAGGGCAUUCUAGCUAUAACCCAGAAAUUGUCCAGGCAAUUAACCUCCACCAUCCUGCCUCCUUUACUAUACAUUGCAAUUAUUCUAGAGUUGGGAAUUGGCUCCUGUGGGAGCUGACAGUGCACUGUUUGUGAAUGAGAAUUUUCACUGAUUUUUUUCCAUUUUGUCAGUUAGAUCCUGUAGUAUAGCUGAGACAGCCACUUUAGUUGCUACGUCAGUAGUAGGAAUUGGUAAUCUAGCUCCAUAACUGCUUUAUUUGCUGCCAGAAUAAUUGUCUUUUUGAUUAUGCAUCAGAUCUUUAAAGAAAAGCAUCUAGAGCUAUAAUUCUAGAGAUGGGCAUGCCCCUUUUUAAUAUUAAUAUGAUCUCAUAGUGCUAGAAUGAAAAGAAUAGAAGUUUAUUUCUCCACCCUGUAGAGAAACUGGUUGAGACAAUUUGCACAUCACAGAGAAGGCGCUCACUGGGAGAUCUGGGCUGGAACUCCGGUCUGACGCCCUGUCUAAUACCACAGCACUCCACUGCUGCCCCACUGCUAGGUAAGCCAUCUGCUGAACCUCGGUGGCCAACAGACCUCUCAGAACCUCUUUCCUCCUCCACCCCCAAAAGUUGGAGUUAAUCCUUGCACAGCUAUUGCUCUGUUUUUUGUUUAUUUUUCCUCCCCUGUUUUGGGAACAAUAGCUGAUCUUUAAAAACAAACUCUGUCGGCACUGGUAAACAGUAAUUGUGAUGACCACUAGUGCCAAUACUGUUAAAGAGGAAGUUGAAAAAAUUCUUAAAUAUCAAGCAACUGUUAGUAUCUUGCUUCUUUUAGAAGGGGAGGGGGAGCUUAUGCAAUCACUUCCAUCUUCUGGGGAGGAAAAGGCUGGAUUUGGUACUUCCCUUGUCACAACUUCUCAUCUUCUUUGCAAACACUAAUAGAAGAAUUGUCUGUGCCUUGUGACUUGUUCCGGGGGACUCUGCAAACGGCAGGGGUAGCGUUCCACAGCCUCUGAACAGAGGAGGAGGUGAGGCUGCUUUAAGCAGGAUGGCUGGAGCAGCCACACCGGGGAUAGCGAUGAGACGCUGAAUCAUGCAGUCUUCAAGGAGCAACAGAGAGCACAACCUUGUACAUUUUCUAGCUAGGCAGAGAGCUGAGUAACAAUAUUAACUCUUGCUGUGCAGGUGUCUCAGUUGCUGCAAGAACAAGUGGUGUUACUGUGGAGAGAGAAAUAGUUUCCUCGUGAAACAGUUUGAGGAUUGCUAGUCUCAUAUUUAGGCCCUGAGCCAGGCUUCACUUGCUAGGCUUUAAAUGUACAAGAGCUGUCUCGCUGUCAUUUGCUUGUAUUAACAAUGCAGAAAUAGCUGUUCCCAAGGCUAUCUUUCCCCCAGUGACAUGAAUAUGUUGGAGUUGAGGCUGACGUAGCAUGCAUGGUCAGCACCUUUUCACUAGUCACCUCUAAGUAAGAUGGGCCCUUUCCAUGCGGAGGUGCAGUGACUUUGAUGUGGCUGCAUUCAGCUCAUGUUGAACCAAACCCAGAUUUGAAAGGUUCAAUUAGCUCUAGCUAUAGCAAAGCUGAGGGUGCAAAGAGGAGUAAUUUGUUUUUAAGGUUCUUAUAUUUAAAUGGCAGCUCAGGAAGCACACAUUUUUCGUUCUUAGAUGGCUAAGGAUCCAAAGAAUAAACACAAACGAACAGCAGGAAACUUCUCCUGACUAAACAGAAUGUAUCUUCCCAGAAUAGUAAACUGUGAACUGGCAAAGUACAGUUUCCACAAAAAUACAUGUGCCUUGAUAUUCUAAUGGGAAAGCCUUAAACUUCCACGUUUCUAUUUAUUUUCAUCACAAUGGAAAACACUCCAUAUACCAACCCCCAAUUUGGUGGUGGUUCUGGAUUUUGGAAGACUGUUUUUUUGUAAAUUCACCAGUGUAAAUUUUGAAGCUACCACUGAGAUACGAGGAUAUAAUUUUAAAAUAUCUUUAUAGAAGUUUAACAGAAUUCCCUCACUCUUCUCUCUCCCUGUACAACUUGUACUGCUCUAGUUUUAUAGCACUAUGAUAUAGCGAUGAAAUUAGUUAUAUAGGAAAAAUAGGUUGUGUAUGGAGAAACAGUGCAAUAACAAAACCUUUGCGUGGUCAGUAUGGUGGCUUGUUGCCCUGGAAGGGCUGGAAAUAAAUAAAUUAGUUAAUACUGUGCUCAAAAUUUUAAAAACAUUUUGGAAUUUGAAGAACCCAGCUUUUGCUCUAUACAAAGUCUUUGGAGCUCUGAACAGCUUUGUCACUGUAUUAGCUGAUUAAGUCUAAUUAGAAUUUGACCCUGCAUGCUUUGAAGUAACCUGUCACAAACAUUCCCUGAGACUAGAAGAAUUCCUAGUUGUUGUUUUCUUCUUUUGCGUAAUAGAAGGGUUUAUUCCUACAACUUCAGGUGUAAAUGCUUCAGUCACUCAGAAGCAGUAGUUGGCUUCUGCAUCAUUGAAAGCACCAUCUCUGUGAACAGUGGACUUGUAGAGGAAGAUGGCUAAUACAGCAUUCUAGUACAAAAAUCCGUUCAGUUAAUAGCCUCACUUUGUGCUUCAAAGCUGGCUGGAAGACUCCAUUAUCUGUAAGUGGCUUUUUUAGACAUGACUCGUUUGCUUUAUUGCAGAUUGUAGAAGUCUGGGAACAAAGGGAAAAAAUAGUUGUGGGAUUUGUUUGAUUAAGUAUUAUUGAAGUGGUCAGAUGAAGCUAAUCUUGUUGACUUCCUGUUCAGCAAGCAGUAAACUGAUGAUUCUCCAGUAAAGUUAUGUGGCAUGCAAUUGUGAAGAGUAAGAGCAGUACCCCUUUCAAGGUAGUGUAGCAACAGGUUAGAAAUCUCAUUUUAAAGUGGGCUUGAAAUAAAAAGUAACACUAAAGAGAUUUUUAACAAUUUUUUUUAAGAUGGCUGUAAGAACAGUACAGAACAAUAUGUCUUGCACUCAGAUUAUUUUCAAGUGUUCAUAUUACAGCAAUCUUAUAGUAUCUAUUUACUACAAACAAAUAUGGAAGAAAAGGCCUGUGUCUUGCAGUGGAGUGGUUUAAAUACAAGGAGGAACCCAACUACUUUAUAUUAUUUUCCAGGUAAGCUUGUUACAUACUGUUAAUUUUCUCCUUCAGCUUUAACAAAGCAAAGUUGCAGCUUCAUCAGGACAGCAUGCUGAAAUAAAGAGCAGGCUAUCAUACAGCUGGCCCAUACUUCCACACCCAGUCCCUCUAAAGUGGGAGGGACGGCAUUAGUUAAACAUUAAGCCAUUUUAGAAUAUUUUAACAGUUUAGUUUAUGCUUCUCAAAGCACUUUUUGCCCACUAGGAAUCAUCAUAAUCUAUGGAUCCUUUCCCAUCCAGGUCAGCAGUUUGUACCUUGCCUAGCUACUUAGAUUUGGUUACUAUCUGGUGGUAGCUCAUUGGCCCAUGCCAAGUAAAUAGUUGCACAAUUCCAGUCACAUCAUCAUUCUCUCAAAAGUACAUGGAGGUACAUUAGGCAAAAGACACUGAGAACAGACACUGAGAACAAGGGACAGGUUGCUUUCAAACCCCUUCAAUUUGGUUUAAAGCCAGCCAGAAACACAUAAUCAUCUAGCAAGAAACCUGACUUCACCAAAACCAGUGGCAGGUCUUAGAAACACAGACCAACACUUGCCACUGUUUUUGCACAACUGACUAGUCAGGAGUGCCUCCAAAGCUCAAUAAUCUCCACGCUGAUUUAUGUUUUCAUACAAAAAAUUUAAUAAAUAUUACUUUUCAAGAUUUAUUGCCAGGAACAACACAUCAAAGAUGCAUUUUCAUAUAACACUAAUAUCACAAUACAAGGUAUCUUCAUGAUCUCAGUGGUUAACCACUGAGAUUACUAUGUUUAUAAGCCUUUUGAUCUUAAACAUUGUAAUAGCACUUUGAUUUCCUCACUUGUUAAGGCGGGCAGUGUAAUCUAUGGCAAACCUACACAGUGAUCUUACUGGACAUUCUACUGUUCAAGUAUUCAACAACUAGCUUAUUAGAAUACUCCCUAAAUGCAGUAGAUUA